GCUGGUCUUGACAGAUGGCGGGCGAGAGACGCUCCUCACGGUUGUGGUUUCUCGCUCGGCUGGUCCAUCUUCAUCCCCAUUGUCCGCCCGGUCCACUGUGUCAAGGCGAGUCCACAAAUUAGGACGUCAUUCCAGACAUUUUUUUUUUGUGGUUAAAAUCUCAUCUCAAUGGAGAGUUACUGAAGAGUCAGCGCCACCCGAACGCGUCUUUUAUAAUAAACGCUCCGGUCCGGUCCGGUCGGACGUAGCUGCUGUGACGGCCCAUUUGGAGGAGCACCUGUGCGACGGAGGCGGCGGAAGCGGAGCGGCUGAGGUGCGAUAUGACCCCGGCGAGGAGACGCGGCACCCGGGGGAGGAGGACGAGAAGUGGCCGCUGACUCCUCGGAGAGCCGCAUUUCGGGUUCAGUGUGGUCGCAUUUUUUGGGGGACUCUUGAGGACGGCAUUGUCUCCUCGCGUACGCACUUCCUCCAAGGGACACUUUUAGCACCUUUUUUUUUUUUUUUUACAUAUUAGACACUUCCAGGAUUGAACCAAGUGGAAUUAUCAACCAAAUUAUAAUUGUGAAUUGAUCUGGAGCAAAGAGUUUUUGACUUUUCAUUACAUACAUUUUUUUUCCAAGAUGACACCUUGGUUUAUUGUCUCUGGGACCAAAGUUUUCCUCAUGCAAGCUUUCCUCCCAUUUUACAAAUGAUGUGAAUUAAUGAUCAAAAUGACACACUCCUAAAAGUGCUUUCCCAGACGAGACUACUACCAUUUUCCAAUCAGAGCCCAAGGGUCCCACGUCUCCCGGGAACCCCUCAAGGCCAAGCAGUGAGCGCCUCGACUUGGCCCGACAGCUCCAAGGAGGAACUGCAAAAUUAGCAAACCUAGCCGGAGAGCCGGGGACGUUCCCCACGCAACUGCUGGGCAGGCAGGGUGCGGAGGACGCCAUGGGGUGCUGCAGCGGCAGGUGUACCUUGGCCUUUAUCUGUGGGAUGCAGCUGGUCAGCGUCUUAGAGCGUCAGAUCAUUGACUUCCUGGGCUACCAGUGGGCUCCCAUCCUGACGAACUUUCUCCACAUCAUCGUGGUCAUCCUGGGCUUGUUUGGCACCAUCCAGUUCAGACCGCGCUACAUCACUGGGUACGCAGCCUGGCUGGUCGUCUGGAUGACCUGGAAUGUUUUCAUCAUCUGUUUUUACCUGGAGGUCGGCGAGCUGUCCAAGGACUCUGACCUUGUCCUCACCUUCAACUUGUCCAUGCAUCGCUCCUGGUGGAUGGAGAAUGGCCCUGGGUGCAGGGUGACCCCCAUCAGCCCACCUCCUUCUUGGGCCCCCGAGGACCACCGAUACAUAUCGAUAUCUGGGUGCCUGAUGGACUUUCAGUUUGUGGAAGUGGCUCAUUCCUCACUGCAGAUACUCCUGGCCUUGGCGGGCUUCAUCUACGCCUGCUACGUGGUCAAGCUCAUCUCGGAGGAGGAGGACAGCUUUGAUUUUAUAGGCGGAUUCGACUCGUACGGCUACCAGGGGCCUCAGAAGACCUCCCACCUUCAACUACAGCCCAUGUACAUGUCAAAAUAAGACGAGGAGCUGCCUUACUACUUCUUGGUUUGUUUAUAAUGCUGGCAAACAAACAAGGACACAGAAGAUUGAGACUGCCCGCUCCUGCAUCACCUUCCCUGACUUCCUUGUAGUAUCACGUCUAUUGCUGAAGUACAACACUGACGUCUGGCGGUGGGAGGCAGGAACUACAAUGCACGGGAAUAACCUGCUUCCAUUGGCUGAUGGAUUUUUAAACGUUUUGUUGUGUUUGUGCAUUAGUGGAUCAUCAAAACUCGGUUGACUUUUUGGGAAAACUCCUUUUUUAGUGCCUGACAGACUUACUGACACCAAGUGUGUGACCAACUAAGGAAUGUCAGAUAAAACAUACUCCUGGUCCACGUCCAGAAUUGUUUGGAUUCUGAAUGUGACUGAAGACAAUGUAAAAAACAAAAGUGAAUCUUAAUGUUUACAGUCCAAGGCAAUGCAAGGAGGAGACAGGCAAAUUGGUUUUUGUGUGUGUAGUCGGGCCUCUGCUGUGUAAUUCGUCUUCCGCCAACACGCAACAAGCAGAGUGCCAAAGAACACAAGAAGCAUCCAUCCAUAACCAUGAAAGCUUCCAAAGGCCCAACAAAUUAAUGACAAUCACAAACCCCUUUCACACCGUCUGAGAAAGCCGACAAUGUUCGGAAUGUGUGGAUGGCCUUUCCAGCUUCAAAGGUAGUAUCAGAGUCAUAACGGAGUCGGGACUACAGCCGUGUGAAAGUGUGGGAAAUUUGAAGAAUCUGUAACAUGAACAUAAUGUCUCCAAAAUGUGGCGCAAUACUGCAAUGAAUGAUCAAAACCUCACCAAGUAUAAAAAAAACGACGCUUCAAAUUCAUGAAUAAUAGAGAUGUUCAGGGUGUAAUAGAAUAUUUUAAAACUGUUUCGGUAAAAUUUGCAUUCAAUUGUGCGUAAUACAUUUUGAAAAAAAAAUCCUUAAAAUAGUUUUUCAAAUGCUCCUCCAUUCAAGCUUACGAUCAUGCUAAUGCAAUUAUGGUACUGUAUUUGGAAGUUGGUCAUGUACUUGGAGAGCUAUGUAUUUUUUAUUAGGCGGUACUUAGUUUAAAAAAAAACUCUUUGACCCACUGGGCGAGCCCAUAUAUCUGAUUUGAAAAAAAAAAAUCAAAAUUUAGCUCAUGAGGUCAAACGUAUGCCAACUCUUUCCCGUUCAUCCUGCAGACACCCUCCAUAACAGUGCAUUUGUGCCUGUAAGUUUGUCAUCAUGACACUAGACUGCCACACUUGAAUUUUGAUGCAGCCUCUGGAGUGUACCGAUGCGCACCACAACGUAUGUAAGGAAAGCAAAAUGUGAUCGUCUGCUAGUUGGACAUUUUGGACACUCUGGACCAAACAUUGGAGGCCUUCCUUGUUUACCAUGCAACUCUUGUACAUGGAGGCUUUAAAAACGUUUUCCUGAAAGGAUCCAGUCCUCUCUGGAGGUCACUGGUGUGGACUUCAGAACAGUGUGUGUGUGAGUGUGAGUGUGUUUGCAUGAGGUGUCACCAAGCCGUUUGCAUAUUUACUACCCUCAUGCCGCUCAUGCGUGACUUAUGACUAGCUACUACGCUAACCGUCUUCAAUGUGAACGUUGUUGUUUUUCUAUUUCACUGGGAUAUGCCCACAGAAGUAAAUAGUUUAAAAACAAAGAGGGAAAAAAAUGAAUUGUUACCUUGAACUUGUAGAUGUUUUUUUUAAAUAAUGUGCGGGAGUUUUUCUAGCUGACUAAUAAUGUAUGAUGUUGUGGACAAGUGGCCCUGUGUUUCGUGUGAGUGUGUGAAGUUAGAAAGUGUUGCGUUGAAAUACAACCUUGAUUUGUUCUUUGACAGCGUUUGCAACUCAAAACUCUUGUAUCUCAAACUGUGGAUGUAAGAUUUUUGUGGUUGAAAUAGGUCUUGCCAUUGGCGCAGCAAUAGACGUUUUGCUACAUUUAUUAAAUCACAGGCAAGUAGCGCUGAAAUAUUGA